UCCACAUUUCCCAGGCGCAUCAUCAGAGCUGACGUGGGCUCUACGUGUGCAUCGAGUCGGGCUUCCUCCGCACCCGUAACGAGUGACGAGACUCUACGUAAAAGUCGGUCUACAGAGAGCUGACUGUGCAUUUCCUCUCUGCUAUGCUGCUAGGCUGAUCGCCAUGGAAACCGCAACCAUGGAGGAAGCCAGUUCAACUGAGAAAGUAACAAGUGAGGUGAAUGAGUGUGUGUCUGAUGGACAGACACUGCAGGUGCAUGGAGUCAUUCAGACCACACAGCCCUCUGUUAUCCAGUCACCUCAGAUACAAACUGUGCAGGUAGCCGUUGAUACUCGUGGAUCGGGUACAAAAUCAUCAGAUCCUCAGAAGAGGAGAGAGAUUCUGUCCAGACGACCAUCUUACAGGAAAAUUCUUAAUGAGUUGUCAUCAGAUGUGCCUGCUGUGCCUAAGAUCGAGGAAGAGGAGAGAGUGGAGGAAGAAGCCCCGGUCACCUCCAGUGUUGCUACAGUGACUGCACCAUCGUCAAUCUACCAGACCAGCUCAGGGCAAUACAUUGCAUUCACUCAGGGUGGAGCGAUACAGCUGGCCGGCCCUGGAGGAGAGGCGCUGCAGGGGGUCCAGGCUCUGACUCUUCCCAGCUCCACCACACCGCAGCCUGGGGCCACUAUCCUGCAGUACGGUGCCCAGCCUGGAGACCCCGGCCAACAGCUACUGCUCACCGCUGGACAGGUGCUCGUUCAGGCUGCCACAGGAGACAUGCCAGCAUAUCAGAUUCGCUCCCCGUCAACAGGUUUACCACCAGGCGUCAUUAUGGCAGCAUCACCAGGGGCCAUGCACAGCCCACAGCAGAACACAGAGGAGGCCACACGCAAGAGAGAAGUCCGCCUCAUGAAGAACAGGGAGGCGGCGCGCGAGUGUCGCAGAAAGAAGAAAGAAUACGUGAAGUGCUUGGAGAAUCGUGUCGCUGUGCUGGAAAACCAAAACAAGACUCUCAUAGAGGAGCUCAAAGCUCUUAAAGACAUCUACUGCCACAAACCAGAAUAGCCCUCACAAACACUGCGCAAGGACUGUUUGAUUCACUCACUACCUGUCUCUUCUGUUGCUUCGCCUGGAUUUUUGCAUUUUUUUGUUUGGCCAAAUUUUUUUAUAAGAAGUUGAUAAUGUUGCUUUGAGGAUGCUCCUCACAGACACACACACACACACACAUACAUUUUAAGAUGGGCAUGUACUAUUGGUGUUCUCUGUGUUUUGAAAAAAAACUGGAACUCUUAAUUGAUUUGUGUGUAAAAAUAAGUAUUUUCCUUUUUUAGGUUGAAAUCAGAACAAGCAAAGGAAAUGGCAUAUAGUAGUCAUGUUAACUGGCUACACACUGCACACAUAAACAGCAUUUUUGGUGUUAAGGUAAUUUUUGGAAUCCACAGAAUUUAGCAGGUAAUAUAAAGAAAAUACACUGUAAACCCAUUUGAAGCAACAUAAAAUGGAUUAAUAGCAGCGACAAUCUAUGCAGUAAACCUGACUGACUCUACAAAGCUACAAAUUACAUUAUGCAUUUAAAUUGGGUCUUUUUCUUCAUGUAAAUUAGAUUUCAAUCAAGUUUGUACAUUUCAAUCUGAAUUUUGAAAUUUGUUUUUAAUAAAGAAAAUACUUAAAUUAAGGCCCCGGAAGUCAUAAGGUUAGUUAAUGCUAUGUGUGCAGUGUUAAAUGCCUAAUUGCUAAAAUGCAACCCUUUCCACUGAAUUUUUGUUUUGUUUUAUGUAAGUGAAAUUAUGCAUUAGAUUGAACUGUUUGAAAUUUAUUAGUAGUCAUUUGAGCUCAUUGGCUGAAUUUACCAGUGACCUAAAAUGUCACCAAGAAAUGUUACAGUGUUGGUGAUUACAUAAUGUUGACGUAAGUGUUUAAACGGAUAGUUCACCCAAAAAUGUACAGUUUGUAUGCUGUAUGAGGUUUUUUCUCCUGUUGU